AUGUCAAAUCAACUCAACGGCGCUUACUACGGCCCUUCCAUCCCGCCGCCGCAACCCCACCGUCGUCACCGCAACGACUCCUCCUGCGGCUUCUGCAGCUGCCUCUGCGGCUGCUUCCGCGGCUGUUGCGGCUGCAUCUUCAACUGCAUAUUGAGCAUCAUCUGCAAAAUCCUCACCACAAUCCUCAUCAUCGUGGUAAUCCUCGGCUUCCUCUUCUGGCUCAUCGUCCGUCCUAACGUCGUCCACUUCACCGCCACCGAUGCAUCUCUUUCUCAAUUCAAUUUCACCAAAAACAACGCACUCCACUACGAUCUCACCGUCAACAUCACAAUCCGAAACCCUAACCGCCGCGUCGGAAUCUAUUACGAUAGCAUCGAAACGGUUGCGUUUUAUAAAGAUGUUGCGUUUGGGAAUCAAACGCUACCGGGAUUCUUUCAGCAUCAUAAGAGUACGAAUUUCUUGAACCCUGUUUUCAAAGGUGAACAAGUGAUUCUGUUGAGUUCAGAUCAGGUUUCGGAGUUUGACAAAGAGAAGGAAAAUGGAGUUUAUGGAAUCAAUGUGAAGGUUUUGAUGAAUGUGAGGUUUAAAUUGGGUUUGUUUAAGUCAGGGAAAGCGAAACCUAAGGUUCGUUGUGAUUUGCAGGUUCCUCUAAAAUCAAACAAUGGAAGUUCUUUGAGUAAUGCGUUUCAAGUUACUGAGUGUGAUUGGGAUUAUAAAUGGAGAUUGUUCCAUUAG